AUGAGAAACACAAUAUCUUCAAAAAUGAGUCAAGUGCUAAUUAUGCUUCUUCUCCUUUGCACCGUCCUUUGCCGUACCGAGUCAGCUCUUCCUUCUGUUCACCAAUCAGUCCUACUAACCGGUAGGAGAAUGAUGGGUUAUUAUAAACAGAAUGAGGGGCUAGUAAGACCAUCGCAGAGCCAACAAGGUGGUGGACGUGAUACUGCUGAUGAUCCUAACGUUGAUUACGGCAAAUAUUAAUUUUCUUUUUCUUCUGCUUUUUAAGUACUGAAAUUUCAAGAGUUUUCUGAAUAAA